AUCUAUGCAUGGAUAGGAUGCAACAGCUCGGCAAAGUUUGGCCAUUUAUAUGCUGCUGCAGCCACUCGGCCGGGUAAUGGAGUGAGCGUCACAUCUGUGCUUGGCGGAACAUCUGAUAACACUGGAUCAAGCAUGGCACGCCGCUUAGUGCUGAAGACAGGUCUAAAUAUAAUUUUAGCAUGUAACAUUCCGAAAGACAGCCCCAUGCUUGAGGCUGCUGCAGAGAGGAAACUUGUAGAGAAGCUGAGAAGUUUAGGCUAUAUCAGAUCCAUAACAGGAGAGGCUAACGCUCACGCUGAUGGAUACUUGUGAACUGUCAAGUCCCUCCUAGAGAAAGUCACUACCCUUAUGUGUUUGAAACAUUUCGAAUGAUUACGAAAGCUCAGCAGGGACUUACUGAGUGUAGGCAUGAUGAUCUGAAUUUUUUGUGCGCGACUAGGAACUGUCUCAUGUUCACAGAAUUAUCAAGCAUGUGGCAAAUAUCGCAUCCGGCAUGUUUUAUAUAUCUGCAUGUUCACAGAAUUUAUGCGUGAUCGACUAUUUCGGUGUCUCACCUGUGGAACCCUGCAUUGAGGCAUUUGUUGCUCACAGAAAUGAACUUUGCUGGUCUUGUUUGAGCGCUGCCGUCUAU